CGGCACCAAGUUCCUCAGUUUGAACAGAAUGGUUUGAAUUGUAAGCAGCCCAGGUGCAAUAAAUUGUUAUUAAAUUUUUUUCGAAAGUCAUAACGCGAUGGUGUAGUGUACUCUGGUGUUUUGGACCGAAGAGCAACAAAAUGUGAUAAGAGCCUGAAAAAGCCAGCACAAUGGAAAACAUCUACCAAAUAAAAAUCCGUUCGAAUCCCAACAGCCGCGACCUGUAUCCGUCCGAAAGAAGAUACUCAUCUUCUAUUGUGUUGGGGUUAAGCAUCAUGUUUAUAGCGCUGGGGAUCACGUCGUCGUUGAUGGGAACGCUGGUGGUGCGCAGGUUCGCCAGUAACCAUACGGAAGACGCAUUCGCAGAAGAGUACAACUCCAGCGAGUUUUUCGAAGACCAGAGGCUGGUGAGACGAGUGGAAGAAGAUCUUCAGUACAUGAGGAAACCCGCGCACCACCUCAACAUCCCGGCUAUGGUGUCUGCAGGGUCCUUCGUGAUGUCUCUAGGACUAUUUCUAGCGGGAUUGGCAGGACUCUUAGCCUGGAAGCAAUGGUACAUCGACACUAACAUCACCUGGUUCUUUCUGGCGUCGUGUUUCGCUUCAGUGACAUCUUCAAUCUCUUUAUUGUUGAUUACUUUAAGUUUAAUGGACACUCGGGAAGUUCUUCUGGAUAAGACAGCCCCCAUUAGUUUAGGACUUACAGCCAAUAUUUUCAUAACGUCUCUGUUAGGGGUGGUUUGGUCGGUAGUGGCAACUAAUGUAGCUUUCAAGGGGAUGAAGAAUAAUUACCCUGAUGAUAUUAUUCUGUCGAAAAGUGGCAAAGGGAGGGUGGAAGUGAGCACGGUCCGGAAGGGUAAUAAAAUCGCCAGGGUGGUGCCGCCUGACAUUCUAGACCAUUUUCCGAAAAGCGGGAAACUAGCGAAAUUCUUAUCCAAAAACGAAAGUAGUGGCGGUUUGCCGAAAGCCGAAAGCAACAAAGAGUAUGAAGAAAGGGUGAAGAAAUUCUUGUCGGGCGAGUCGGACAACUACAACAAGCACUGAAGCGAUUUUGUAAAUUUUCGCGUAGUUGGUUAAUUGUUGGAAGGCUUAUCAGAGACCCUGAAAUUGCGUGUGAACGCGGAAUUUGUUAUUUCUUUCUAUUUGAGAAUGAAAAUCGAGUUUUGCGUGGGCUUACAACGAGUACGUUUAUGUACUUACUUAUUUUAAGUUAGUUUUGUAUUUUUGUACUAGCUUUAAUAUACUCAUUGUAAUCUUACGCGGAUGUUAUUUAUCUCACAACGACCUUAAUUUAUGUAAUUACAGAGUUGUAAAAAUAAAUUUGUUUAACUUUUA